UCCAGUCUUGCUGCAUCCAAAGAAGUCGGUGCAUCUGCCCGCUCUUCUCCUAAACAAAUGUCCCCCUCUGAUUUCUUGGAUAAGUUAAUGGGGAAGAUCUCAGGAUAUGAUGCCAGAAUUCGACCCAACUUCAAAGGUCCCGCAGUGAACGUCAGCUGCAAUAUCUUCAUCAACAGCUUUGGAUCCAUUGCUGAAACGACUAUGGAUUACAGAUUAAAUAUAUUCCUGCGUCAACAAUGGAAUGACCCCCGAUUGGCUUAUAGUGAAUACCCAGAUGACUCUUUAGAUUUGGACCCCUCUAUGUUGGAUUCUAUCUGGAAGCCAGAUCUGUUCUUUGCCAACGAAAAGGGGGCAAAUUUCCAUGAAAUUACCACAGACAACAAACUGCUAAGGAUCUUUAAAAAUGGCAAUGUACUUUACAGCAUUCGUUUAACUUUGACUUUGGCUUGCCCCAUGGACCUGAAAAAUUUUCCAAUGGAUGUCCAAACCUGCAUCAUGCAACUGGAGAGUUUUGGUUACACUAUGAAUGAUCUUAUAUUUGAGUGGGAGGAGGUGGGUGCCGUGCAGGUAGCAGACGGACUCACCUUGCCACAGUUUAUCUUGAAAGAAGAGAAGGAUCUACGCUAUUGUACUAAACACUACAAUACUGGAAAAUUCACUUGUAUUGAAGCUCGCUUCCACUUGGAAAGACAGAUGGGUUAUUAUCUAAUUCAAAUGUACAUUCCCAGCUUGCUUAUUGUCAUUCUCUCUUGGGUGUCCUUCUGGAUCAACAUGGAUGCAGCCCCUGCCAGAGUUGGUCUUGGCAUCACUACUGUGCUGACCAUGACUACUCAAAGUUCUGGAUCUCGAGCAUCUCUACCAAAGGUGUCCUAUGUGAAAGCUAUUGAUAUAUGGAUGGCAGUCUGCUUGCUGUUUGUCUUUUCUGCCCUGUUGGAAUAUGCAGCUGUCAACUUUGUCUCACGUCAGCACAAGGAACUUUUACGUUUCAGGAGGAGAAGACGACAUCACAAGGAGGAUGACAAUGGUGAAGGACGUUUCAGCUUUGCAGCUUAUGGAAUGGGCCCAGCAUGUCUCCAAGCAAAGGAUGGGAUCUCCGUGAAAGGGAACAACAACAACAACCCAACAAGCUCCACAGCUCCAGCAUCAAAAUCUGAUGACGAGAUGCGCAAGCUGUUCAUAGGCCGGGCCAAGAAGAUUGACAAGGUGUCCAGGAUCGGAUUCCCUUUGGUUUUUCUUAUAUUUAACACAUUCUACUGGAUCAUCUACAAGAUAGUACGUAAGGAGGACGUCCAUAAGCCGUGA